GAAACCGGACCUGCUCAAACCCCGAGCCAGCCUACGGAGGGCAAAACUGCAGCGGAAAAGGUGUAGACACGACAACAUGCAACUCACAACAUUGCCCAGUUAAUGGCGUAUGGGGUGAAUGGGGUCAUUGGGCAGAGUGUGACGUCACCUGCGCCUUGGGCAACCAGAUGCGAAAUCGUAGUUGUGACAAUCCACUUCCGGCGUUCGGGGGUCAGGGAUGUGCUGGGAAAGAGACAGAAUUCCAAAAAUGCCAAAAGGGUCCUUGUCCAAUUGAUGGAAAAUGGAGCGGAUGGGGUGUAUGGUCUGAAUGCUCCGUGACAUGUCUGAACGGUACCAAAUCCCGCAAACGCACCUGUGACAACCCCCCAGCCCUGUACAACGGUGCCGACUGUGUAGGAUCCUAUACGCACGUCGAUGUGUGCAGACCGCGGGAUAACUGCGAUGUUAAUGGUGGGUGGUCGGAGUGGUCGGGUUACACACCGUGUGAUACAAAAUGCGGACCUGGUACAAAAAUGGCCUUCCGUGGUUGUGAUAACCCACCAACACAAAACAAUGGAAUAUACUGUCAAGGGGAGGUCUCCAAAUCAGCACCCUGUAUUGUGAAACCAUGCCCGGUCGACGGGGCUUGGAAUUCUUGGAUGGAAUGGGGCGAGUGCUCAACCACUUGCGAAACGGGAUGGAGACUUCGUUCACGGGCAUGCGACCAACCGGCGCCGGAGUACGGUGGGAAACCAUGUCCCGGUUCAUUCAAUGACAACAUUACAUGUGUUGAGAGGGAGUGUCCAGUUGACGGUGGUAUGUCUGAUUGGAGUGAAUGGUCAACUUGCUCCCAUUCUUGUGGAAAUGGAACCCAAACACGAACUCGAGCCUGUACAAAUCCCUCACCCAUGCAUGGCGGUGCCAACUGCACGGAAGAUAGUAGCGAGGACCAGCUAUGCUUACUUGUUAACUGCCCAAUCAAUGGUAUCUGGUCGGAUUGGGCUGCAUGGGGCGCGUGUGACGUCACCUGUGGAAACGGAACAAUGACAAGAAGUCGAUCAUGUGACAAUCCUCAGCCCGAAUUUGGAGGAGAGGACUGCGUCGGAAAUGCAACUGACGUAACAGAAUGCCCAGACACGUGUUGUCCAGGGUUUCAGCCUUUAGUUGACUGCGAUUUUGAAGACACCACGUUGUGUACGUCCUGGCAUAACGCCCAGGGCGGGGACGAUUUUGAUUGGACUCUUCAUAAACAACAAACGGCAACCGACGGAACAGGGCCACAAAACGAUCAUACUUUUGGCAACAGCUCUGGCACAUAUAUCUAUAUAGAAUCCAGUUCACCCCGUCAAACCAAUGAGAAAGCCUGGUUAGAGAGCCAGUUGAUUGCUGCAAGGCACCCUCUUUGUUUAUCGUUCUGGUUUUCUAUGUACGGUUCUAGUAUUGGUCAACUUAACAUUUACGAGUACGAUGGGUCUCAACGUCCCGGAAAAAUAGCGUGGUCUUUAGAUGGAAACCAAGGAAAUAAGUGGCAGCAAGCUAAUGUUCCAUUAACAUCGAACGUCAUCUUCUCAGUAAUUAUUGAGGCUACCGUUGGCAACGGCUACCUUGGUGAUGUAGCAAUUGACGACAUAUCAUUAGACGACCGUCACUGUAUCAUGUUACCAGAGUCAGCGAACCCAUCGGUUUAUACGACAAUGGUACACACGACAGUAUCACAUACUUCACAACAACAGGCAUUCACAUCUACAACACCCGUAACUCAUAUAUCUGGAUGGUCUGCUUGGUUCCACGGUCCAUGUUCGGUAACCUGCGGUACAGGGAGCCAAACCAGACUACGUCAUUGUAACACGGGACACGUGGUGGAUUGCCCGGGCAAUAAAACGGAAACAAUCGCCUGUCAAAUGAAGUCUUGUCCAGUUGAUGGCGUUUGGAUCGAGUGGUCUUCUUGGUCACAGUGUGACGUCACUUGCGCUAGUGGUUACAGACAGCGCGCUCGCACAUGCUCUAACCCGGCACCAAUGUUUGAUGGAAAGAACUGCACUGGCACAGACAAGGAGACAGAAACAUGUACACUGAAAGCAUGUCCGACGUGGUCGAGCUGGUUUAACUUACCAUGCUCAACAACGUGCGGCAAUGGAACUCGAACCCGAUUACGCCACUGCAGCAGCGGACACGUGGAUGACUGUUCCGGCAAAAACAUGGACACUGUCACAUGCAACAUGACGCCGUGUACAGUUCAUGGCGGAUGGAGUAGUUGGUCAGCUUGGUCGCAGUGCGAUGUUACAUGUGAGAACGGCCACGUCCAGCGCAUGCGCACAUGUACUAACCCUGCACCUGCACAUGGAGGACACGACUGCAGCGGAAAUGGCAUCGAGAUGCUUCAAUGCUCAUUGGCUACAUGUCCAUCAUGGUCGGCAUGGUUUGAUGGGGACUGCUCUGUUACGUGCGGUGUCGGAACAAUGUCUCGACUAAGGUUUUGCUCCUCUGGUAACGAUGAGGACUGUUUAGGUAGUCCCUUUGACUCGUAUUCCUGCACAAAGCCGGGCUGCUGAAACCUGAUUACAUUUUGUUUGCAUGUGUAAUUGG